GGAAUUUUAUGUGUAUUAUUUUAUUAACUUUUAGAUUUCAUCUGCAUGCAUCUUAUAUAACGUAUUCUUUUACUCUUAUAGCGGAAGUAUUACGUAAAAAUAACGAAACCGGCUUCACGAGCGUUCAUACGUUAAAAAAAAUCCGCAAUUAAUUUCUAUUGCGCUCUCCAAUACAUCUCGAAUCGCCCAUACAUAAACCUCUUAUCUACUAAUUGCAUUACAAGUACAUUAUUUACAACAACAAUACCGUUUUCACUCGUUUAAAUUAUUAACCGCCCCUCGUAUAUACAAAAAAAUUCUAUACAUCAACUGUCAAACUGUCAGUUCGAAUUCGCAGCAUGGCCGACGACGAUUUAAAUUCGAAUUCAAACGAAAAAACCUACGCCAAAUGCAAAGUCGACAUCGAAGGACCCUCUAAGGAGUUAUUAGAAUGGGCCAGGAAUCACAUAAACGAAAAUCCCGACGUUAAGGACCUCUUGCUGUCUGAACUAAAGGACAGGAUAUACGAGAAAGGGGAAUGCGUGCCCAGCCGACUAGACGACGAAUUCCUGCUGAGGUUCCUGCGGGCGCGGGAUUUCUGCGUGCAAAAGGCCCAUCGAUUGUACGUGAAUUAUCACCAUUUCAAGGAAGACGUCCCGGAUUAUUUUUAUAACGUGUCCUUAGAUAAAUUGUACAAUAUAUCGAAAACCGGAAUAUUUACAGUACCGCCUAACAGGGACCAAUUGGGAAGGAGAUUGUUGUUGAUUAAAUUCGGUAAAUGGGUACCAUCGGACUACACGCCCACGGAACUCAUACAAUUCGUCGUGUUCCUCACGCAAAUCAGCCUGCUGGAACCCGAAACUCAGAUCAGGGGGGCGGUACUCGUCAUCGACGUGAGCGGCAUCACCUUGGAAAUGGUCUGGUACAUGACGCCCAAAUUGGCCAAGCAUUUGGUCAAUUUAUCUGUGACGGCGUACCCGCUUCGCCUGGAGGCGGUGCACUUCGUCAACACCACGUGGAUGUUCGACACCGCCUUCGCCAUGGUCAAAGUGCUGAUAUCGGAGUUCGUGAGGCGGCGGGUGCACUUCCACAACGACUGGGAGGGGUUGAGGGACAGCGUGGACGUGAAGGGGCUGGGGGAGGGGGCGGGGGAGUCGCUGGAGAGGUGGUUCAAGGAGGCGGUGGUGGGGAACGAGGCGGUGAUGGGGGAGUUGGAGCGGUGCGGGUACGGUUUGAGGGAGUUCGUGGCGAGGAGGAAGGUCGAGAUGGGGAUUGGGGGUUGAUGAUUUGGGGGGUGGGGAUUUUGGGGGAUUUGUUUGUAGUAUGUAUAAUGAAUUGUUGUUGAUUGUUUUGUAAUAAAGUAGGUUUUUUUUAAUUUGUUGUUGGUUAUUAUUUAGAUAAAAAGUAAACUUUUCCUGAGAAGCGCAUUUGCGACAACGAUUUUAUGUCAUAUGUCAAUUGUCAAUAAAUUACUUGUUACAUUUUAAUGGCCUCUUUAUUGUUUUCUUUUAUAUACUUAAAAAAAACGUACAUUCUUUUAAUGGUGAAUUCUGUAAUUACUUUUUG